UCGAAACUUAGAAGUUAGAUUAAGAAAGUAAACGAAAGUGUCACUGUUGGGUCGCUCAAAGAUAAAGUACCACACUAUAUUGAGGGGGUUGGUGUUGCGCAACGAUUUUAUGAAGUACACCUGCAGUUGGUAGACCUGAUGAAUUACGCAGCAAAACUAAACGAAUACGGACAGAAGACAAGAGUCCUUGUGCAAUAUGUGGAGGUGGACGUCUCAGGUCCGGACCAUAUUAAAACGUUUACUUUACGGGCUGUUGUGAAUGGUACAUCUUACCCAGAGGGAGUUGGGAAAAAUAAGAGAGAGGCGAAGGAAAAUGCUGCCCAGAAGGCCCUUGAAAACCUGCAGCAGCACAUGGAGAGCAGUGAUUUUAAUACUUCGACAACAUCACAGACAUCAGAAAUCCCGGUCUCUAUUACCCAACCCAAUUAUCAGUGUUGGCUGAAUGAACACAGCCACAAGACCAGAGUGAUUUUUAAGCCUGUUGAAUCGACAAGAGUGGGCCUAGUCAGCACACCACAGUGCUGCAAGUAUGUUUCUAGUGAUGGAAAAUCAUACCCUGAGGCUUAUGGGAAUUCAAAGAAGGACGCCAGAGAAAAGGCUGCCAGGCUUGUUUACGAAGAGAUCUUAAAAGAGCAAGGGGUCAUAGAGGGCCAUUGUAAUGGGCAUAACUCCAGACAACAAGAGGUGUCAAACCAUAGUGCCUCUGAUCUAAGCAAUAACCUUGAACAUAUGAGGGUUACACCUACAAAAGAUCUCAGCAGUGAUAUUCACCAGGCUAACUUCAUAGGGAUAUUGAACCAUCAUUGUCAACAGCAGAAGCUAACACAUGAUUUUAAGCUGGUGGAGAUAAGAGGGCCAUCUCACAACCCUGAGUUUGUGUACAAAGUAGUAAUAGGUGGGGUCGAGUAUCCGGAAGGCUGCGCUAGGACGGCCAAAGACGCGAAGAAGCAAGCUGCUCAGCUGGCAUGGAGUAAGAUUCAAGACCAGUCUCAAUGGAACAGUCAGGUUUCAAGCAAGUCAAGUCUUUCUGAAGAUGAUUCACUCUGUCUAACUCCUACACUAGACGAAUCACAAGAUGAGAGGGCCUCAACAAGCCUGGCUGCAAGUGCAAGUGACUCAAUUAUCUUUAAAGAUUCAUCCAAAAACUCCCCCAAAAUACAAGAGGCAGCUCCUGCACAAAAUAAGGCUAAACGAAUAUUAGCACCAAAUUUCAACAAUGCUCCUCAAAAAAGUAAAGAGGCUGGCCCCAAUCUCUCAACCAAUUUCACUGGUCAGGUUGCUGUCCAGUCCAGACUUGAAAAAGACUUUGAAUCAAUAGAGCGUGUAGGCAAAGGAGGGUUUGGACGCGUUUUCAAGGCACGAAAUAAAUGCGAUGAGACAUAUUAUGCCGUGAAGAUUGUAAAAAGUACAGAAAAAGCCAAACGAGAAGUUAAAGCUUUGGCACGUCUGCAGCACCCAAACAUAGUACGUUACCAUGGAUGCUGGAUUGAUAACACUGCAUACGUAUAUGAUGGCUCCGACAGUUACAGCACCUCAAACUCAGGAAGCAAUUCCACCAUGACAUUCCUGUAUAUCAAGAUGGAACUCUGCGAGGGCAACACACUUUCAAUGUGGAUCGAGGAAAAGAAUGAACACCCAGACUCACAGAGACGACAGGAUGCCCUUGUCAUCACCAAGCAAAUCGUAAAAGCAGUGGUAUACAUUCACUCUCAAAACCUCAUCCACCGUGACUUAAAACCCGCGAACAUCAUGUUUGGAAGAAAUCAGGAGGUGAAGAUAGGCGACUUCGGCCUGGUGACUGUUGGAGACAGUGACCAUGAUGAAAGUUUACUGGAACGGACAAAGCAUACAGGCACAAGAUCCUAUAUGAGUCCUGAACAGAUGAAUCAGCCUACAUAUGACCGCAAAGUGGACAUUUUUGCUCUAGGUCUGAUUUAUUUUGAACUACUUUGGACUAUAAAAACAAAGGCUGAAAAGUCUGAGAUGUGGAAAAAUAUCAAGACAAGGAAGUUUCCAGAGGAAUUUCGUGAUCAGUUUGGCUUUGAACAUGCGCUAAUCAAGCGAAUGCUGCGUCAGGAUCCUGUGGAGAGACCUGAAGCCCAAGAGCUGGUCGCAGAGCUGGAGAAUCCCAAAUCCUUCCAAGAUCAGAAUUCUAACCAAAGAAGCACAAAAACUGUAUGAAGUUAUGAAGUGCAGUAAGGGCAGACCCAUCACAAUAUCACUAAUGUAUGAAAACUGUCUUUCCUUGCAGAUUGCUUUGACUGUUUUUAAAUUGCCAUACCUGUUACCUUUGCAUCAUGGUGUUGUGGAUAUUCGUAUUCGAAUAUCCACAAAAGGAAAACUCUUUAACCAGUAUAUAAAUCUAGCUACUUCGAGCUACUUUGAGCCUCGUAAA